GGUAACCAAGAUGUUUAUUUUAAUGGAGCAAUUUAUUCCAAAUUAUUAACAAGCCUAGUUUGAAAUGAGUUUUUGUGUGGAUUUGGUUUCUGAAGACUCCUUUUAUGAAAACAUAACUUUAGGUGUAACAAAACUUCUUGAAUCUGACCCCCGUAUAUCUAACGUUGCUGUUGAAAGAAGGACACCAUGCGAUCGCAUAAUUAUAUCCAAUUGGGAGCAAAAACAUUCAGCAGUUUUGCCCGAUGAUCUCCGAAAUUUUUAUAACUCAACAGAUGGAUUUCAACUAACCUGGCACUACAAAUAUUCUGCGGACGAAAUACUGCCAGUUGGAUCUAUACGGAUAAACUCACUGAAUGAAUUAUACUUGACACCGGCUUUAAAGGAUCUCUUGGACUUCUCUUUUACAAGACAAUCGUCGGGACCUCGUCCAAUACUUAACACAAAAAGUAAAGUUUUUGAGCUGGAUUUGUGCCGCAAUAUUGGUAAGGUAUGUCUUAUAUACACGGGUGGAAGUUGGUCAGUGUGGCUCGUGACGCGAGAUGGUGUUUGGGGUUGGUUGGCGGACUCUUUUACUCACUAUUUCCGGAUGUCCCUGGUGCACUUAGGUUUGCCUGGCUGGCAAGCAUUGUUCGCUAAUUUACCGCUGAUACCUUGGGCGGAGCAAUUAUUCCUGCUUCUUGCGCCUCAUCUUUUAGAAAAGCCGGAGUGUGAAAACAGUUUAGUAGCAGUGAACAACGAAACUGGCCUUAAUCACAUUGAUCCGAAUAUCUUUAAGACUUCAGCACGACACCACAAAAACACUUCCAGGCCAGCUGUCAAUCAGUAGUUUCAUUUACUGACAGUGAAGCAAUUAAAUUUUUAGAGCAGUUGUACUAUCUUUUUAGAGUCCCAAAAUUAUUUAUCCUUAUGUACAAGAGUCUAUACGAUUUGUUCCUUUAAACGAAAUGUUACUUUAAUGCAGCUAUCAAUAAACAGUAAUUACAGUAGUUUG